CACAUGAAACCAGAGAAUGAUACACGAAUUUCAGAAUUUAUUCUUCUGGGAUUAUCAAAGAAACCAGAACUGCAGCCCCUCGUAUUUGGGCUUUUCCUCUGCAUGUACCUGAUCACUGUGUUUGGAAACCUGCUCAUCAUCCUGGCUGUCAGCCUAGACUCCUAUCUCCACACCCCCAUGUACUUCUUCCUCUCCAACCUGUCCUUUGUAGACAUCAAUUUCACCUCUACCACCAUCCCGAAGAUGCUGAUAAAUAUACAGGCAGAGAACAAAGUUAUAACCUAUGAAGGCUGCAUCACCCAGAUAUACUUUUUUCUAUUGUUUGUUGGAUUGGACAACUUUCUUCUUGCUGUGAUGGCCUAUGACCGUUUCUUGGCCAUCUGCCACCCCCUGAAAUACACAAUCAUCAUGAACCCCCAGCUCUGUGGACUGCUGGUUCUGGUGUCCUGGAUGAUGAGUGCACUGAAUUCCUUGUUACAAAGCUUAAUGGUGCUGUGGCUGACCUUCUGUAGAGACUUGGAAGUCCCCCACUUUUUCUGUGAAAUUAAUCAGGUGGUUCAACUUGCCUGUUCUGAUACAUUCCUUAAUGACAUGGUGAUGAAUUUUGCAGCUGGGUUGCUAGGUGGUGUUUCCCUUACAGGAAUUCUUUACUCAUAUUCUAAGAUAAUUUCUUCCAUUAGAGGAAUCCCGUCAGCUCAGGGGAAGUAUAAAGCAUUUUCCACCUGUGCAUCUCACCUCUCAGUUGUCUUCUUAUUUUAUUGUACAUGCUUAGUAGUUUACCUUAGCUCUGCUGUUACCCACAGCUCACAGUCAAGUGCAAUUGCCUCAGUGAUGUACACUGUGGUCACGCCCAUGCUGAACCCCUUCAUCUACAGCCUGAGGAACAAAGACAUAAGGAGGGCUCUGAAAAGAAUCAAUGAGAUGGCAUUUAUAUAA